AUGUCUUCUAAAAAAAAAACUAUUCUAAAGGUUAUUAUCCUUGGUGAUUCAGGUGUGGGAAAGACGUCGCUAAUGCAUCGCUAUGUGAACGACAAAUAUUCGCAACAAUAUAAGGCUACUAUAGGUGCAGAUUUUUUGACGAAAGAGAUUAAUGUAGAUGGUGAUAGAACAGCCACAAUGCAAGUUUGGGAUACAGCAGGCCAAGAGCGUUUCCAAUCUUUAGGCGUUGCAUUUUACAGAGGUGCCGAUUGUUGUGUUCUCGUCUAUGACGUUACUAAUACAAAAUCUUUUGAGAAUAUUAAAUCUUGGAGAGAUGAGUUUUUAGUUCAUGCUAAUGUAUCCUCUCCAGAAUCAUUCCCAUUUGUUAUAUUAGGGAACAAAAUCGACAUAGAAGAAACCAAAAAGGUUAUUAGUGUCAAAUCUGCUCAAGAUCUAGCGAAAUCCUUGGGAAAUAUCCCUCUGUUUUUAACAAGUGCCAAAUCAUCCAUCAAUGUGGAUCCUGCGUUCGAAGAAAUUGCUCGUAGUGCUCUGCAACAAAACCAGAAUGAUGCAGACGCAUUCGAAGAAGAUUUCAAUGAUGCUAUAAAUAUUCAGUUGGAUGGUGAGGCCGACUCCUGUGCCUGUUGA